AUGCCAGUGCGCGCCGUCACCACCAGGUUCAUGUACAAGGGACUUUGCACUAUUCCAGAUGUCCUCUCCUACCGGACCCCUGUUAACCUGCCCGAGGACGAGGUGGAAGAGAUCCGUGAGGCCUUCAAGGUGUUUGACCGAGAUGGAAACGGCUUUAUCUCGAAGCAGGAGCUGGGGAUGGCCAUGCGCUCGCUCGGGUACAUGCCCAACGAGGUGGAGCUGGAGGUCAUCAUUCAGCGACUGGACAUGGACGGGGACGGUCAGGUGGGGUUUGAAGAGUUCGUGACUUUGCUCGGGCCUAAACUGUCUGCGGCCGGGAUGCCAGAUAAAUUCCACGGUGCAGAUUUUGAUUCAGUUUUCUGGAAGUGUGACAUGCAGAAGUUGACCGUGGACGAGCUGAAGCGGCUGCUGUACGACACGUUUCGAGACCAUCUCACCAUGAAAGACAUCGAGCACAUCAUCAUGACCGAGGAGAACCAUCUGAACAGCCCCGAGAGCCACGUGGACAUCGACACCAGCCCCACGCAGCAGGAGAAACACACGUGUGUGCGCAAAAGUCUGAUUUGUGCCUUCGCUAUCGCGUUCAUCAUCAGCGUCAUGCUCAUCGCAGCCAAUCAGAUGCUCCGCCGCGGCAUGAAGUGA